AUGCCCAAUAGGAAAAGUCACUCACAAAGAAAAGUAAAAGAAGAAGCUGAUCCGAUUGAGAUAUUGAAGCGCACGGCUACAGCCAUCAGUAUGAGACACCUAUCUCUUUUUUUGGGGAAAUAGAUGAUGUGUAAAAAGGGUUGCGCCCUCCAAGAUUACUAACACGACAGCUUGUUUCAAUUCUUGCAGACAAGAACCCCAAAGCUUAUACCUCGGCAUUUCCACCCAGUGGGUUUCAAACCCCCUAUGUUGAUUCCAAAAGAUGGGCCGAAGUAGGCAGAAUCGGCAUAACUAAUGAGCAACUCUCUAACCAAAACCCCGGGGAAACGCUAGCGGAGAAUGGCAUCUACGACAUCUACUCCAACAAGUUUGAUCCUUAUCCUGCGUGGAACCCGGUUGAAAGCGUCCCCAUUGCAAGAGAAGAAGUUGAAGCGAUUUUUCUUCAACUAACGGCCAUCUUUGGGUUCCAAUUUGACAACACCAGAAACAUGUUUGAUUACUUUAUGAGACUAUUGGAUUCGAGAGCUUCUAGAUUAGGUCCGCCUCACGCAUUGAGAUCGAUACACGGUGACUAUAUCGGUGGCAUCAAUGCCAAUUUCAGGAAAUGGUAUUUUGCAGCACAAAUGGAUAUUGACGACUUUGUUGGGUUUGAAAAUGUCAAGCAUGGGAAGGUCAAGGAUUCAAACGAAGCUAUACCUACAUUGCUUGCCGCAGAGGAGCAAUGGUCAAAUAACAUGAGAGCGUUGACUGCUACUGAUGCCGUGAUUCAACUAGCUCUAUAUUUGAUGAUUUGGGGUGAAGCAAACAAUGUUCGGUUUAUGCCCGAGUGCAUCUGCUUUAUAUUCAAGUGUUGCAAUGACUACUAUUUUUCGUUGGAUCCAGAUGUGGCCGCGACACGGGUAACUGAAAGCUUCUUGGAUCAUAUAAUUACUCCGCUUUACAAUUUUUAUCGCGACCAGUCGUAUGUGCUCAUUGAUGGUAAAUAUCAUAGACGCGAUAAGGACCACGACGCGGUGAUUGGAUACGAUGAUAUGAACCAGUUGUUUUGGUAUAGCAAGGGCCUUGAGAAAUUGGUCUUGGCUGACCGCAAGACCAAGCUCAUGAGUCUUCCACCUGGCGAAAGGUACGCGAGAUUGAACGAAGUAGUCUGGCAAAAGGCUUUUUUCAAGACUUUUAAAGAAAAGCGCAAUUGGUCGCACGUCUUGGUCAACUUUCAUCGAGUUUGGGUGAUUCACUUGUCGAUGUUUUGGUAUUAUAGCGUUUACAACUCGCCAUCGCUUUACACGAGCAACUACCAACAGUCCCUCGAUAACCAGCCAACUAGACAAGCUCGCAUGUCAGCACUAGCAUUGGGCGGCGCAGUCGCGUUAUUCAUUAGCUUGUUGAGCUUGAUUUAUGAGUUGUCCUUUAUACCUAGAAAAUGGACUGGAGCGCAACCUGUUGCUCAAAGAAUGUUAUUUACUUUGAUCACCUUGGGGUUGAACAUGGGCCCGAGCGUUUACUUGUUUGGCUUUACUCGGCUUAAUGAAGAGACAACCACGGGGCUUGCCAUUGCCUCGCUACAGUUGGCCUUUUCCAUCAUGAUUGUGUGCUAUCUUUCCGUCACCCCUUUGGGCAGGUUGUUCACCAGAUCCCCGAAAUUUGAUGAUCGAAGAUAUUUACCGCAGCGUUCAUUUGUAACCAAUUUCUAUUUGCUAACUGAAACUGACAAGAUUGCCUCCUAUGGCCUAUGGUUUGCUAUAUUCUGCUCGAAGUUCUUGGAAUCCUAUUUCUUUUUGACCUUGUCCAUGAGAGACCCGAUUCGCGAGUUGAGCACUAUGCGGCACAUGAAGUGCUUGGGGGAUAAAUGGAUUGGGAACUGGUUGUGUUUCAGACAACCUCAUGUGGUGCUUGUCUUGAUAUAUGCCACCAACUUGGUUUUAUUCAUCUUGGACACCUAUUUGUGGUAUAUCAUUUGGAACACCGUGUUUUCAGUGUGCCGCUCGUUCUACAUUGGGGUCUCAAUCUGGACCCCUUGGCGGAACAUCUUUUCCAGGUUGCCAAAGAGAAUCUUUUCCAAAAUAAUCUCGGUUUCCAAUGAGAAAAACUUAAAGUCCAAGCUGCUAGUGUCCCAAGUAUGGAACUCGAUUAUCAUCUCCAUGUACCGGGAGCAUCUAAUAUCGCUUGAACACGUUCAGAAAUUGAUUUACAAGCUGAUUGACACCCCUGGUGUUGAAGAUGGAUUCAUUUUGAAAGAGCCCAUUUUUUUCGUUUCUCAAGAAGACCAAUCGAUCAAGUCGUCCUUGUUCCAGAGCCAAUCCGAAGCGCAAAGGAGAAUCACUUUUUUCGCCCAGUCGUUGUCGACGCCGAUGCCCGAGGUUGGUCCCGUACACUUGAUGCCGUCCUUUUCGGUAUUGAUUCCACAUUACAGUGAGAAAAUCACGUUAUCGUUGCGUGAAAUCAUUAGAGAGGAAGAGCAGUAUUCGCAUGUGACCAUGUUGGAGUACUUGAAGCAAUUGCAUCCCUUGGAGUGGAGCUGUUUUGUCAAGGAUACCAAGAUGCUCGCAGAGGAGUUUGAGUCGGACUCCACCACUUCUGAAUUCAACAAGGAGAAACUUGACGACUUGCAAUACUACUCUGUUGGUUUCAAAGUAGCCACACCGGAGUAUAUUCUCCGCACGCGCAUUUGGGCUUCCUUGAGAUCGCAGACGCUCUACAGAACCAUUUCCGGGUUCAUGAAUUACGUACGGGCAAUCAAGCUCCUCUUUGACGUUGAGAAUCCCGACACGAGUGUCUUUGGAGGCGAAAAUGACAAGCUUCAACAAGCGGCGAUUAUGGCUCACAGGAAAUUUCGCAUCAUCACGUCAAUGCAGAGAAUGAAGCAUUUCACCACGGAGGAGAAGGAAAACACCGAGUUUCUUUUGAGAGCGUACCCGGAACUACAAAUCUGCUACCUCGACGAAGAAGUUGAUGAAAAGACUGGCGACAUCACUUAUUACUCGGUCUUGGUUGAUGGCAGUUGUUCAUUUUUGGAGAAUGGCGAACGCGAGCCAAAGUACAGAAUCAAGCUUUCUGGUAACCCAAUUCUUGGUGACGGCAAGUCAGACAACCAAAACCACUCGUUGGUGUUUUGCCGCGGGGAGUACAUCCAGUUGGUUGACGCAAACCAGGAUAAUUAUCUCGAAGAGUGUCUCAAGAUUAGAAGCGUGCUUGCCGAGUUUGAAGAGUCCACCUUCCCAAUCGAUCCAUAUGCUCAGGAUUUGGAAAACUCGGACGUGUCAUUUCCCGUGGCAAUUAUUGGAACACGAGAGUACAUCUUUUCGGAAAACAUUGGCAUAUUGGGAGACGUAGCUGCGGGAAAGGAGCAAACUUUUGGCACAUUAUUUGCACGCACGUUGGCCCACAUUGGGGGCAAGCUCCAUUAUGGCCACCCGGAUUUCUUGAAUGGAAUUUUCAUGACUACUAGAGGUGGCGUUUCCAAAGCGCAAAAAGGUUUGCAUUUGAACGAGGAUAUUUACGCCGGUAUGAAUGUGUUGCUUCGCGGUGGCAGAAUCAAGCACUGCGAAUACAUGCAAUGCGGCAAAGGUCGAGAUUUGGGGUUUGGAUCGAUUCUCAAUUUCACGACAAAGAUUGGCGCUGGCAUGGGGGAGCAGAUGCUCUCACGCGAGUAUUUCUUUUUGGGCACUCAAUUACCCUUGGACAGGUUCUUGUCCUUUUACUAUGCGCACCCGGGCUUCCACUUGAACAAUGUUUUCAUCAUAUUUUCAAUCCAGUUGUUUUUGCUCGUGAGUGCCAACCUUGCCUCCUUGACCAAGGAAAGCGUUAUUUGUGAAUACGACAGGUUCAGGCCCAUAACUGAUCCCAGAAAGCCAUCUGGAUGCUACAAUCUCAUUCCUGCAAUCCAUUGGCUACAGCGAUGCAUCUUUUCCAUCUUUAUCGUCUUUGCGAUAUCCUUUGUGCCCUUGGGCGUGCAAGAGCUCACUGAGCGUGGCUUUUACCGCGCAGUCACGCGGUUGGGAAAACAGUUUGCUUCGUUUUCACCGUUGUUUGAAGUGUUUGUUUGCAAGAUAUAUGAGCAUUCGUUGGCCAGUGAUAUUUCGAUUGGAGGAGCAAGGUACCUUGCAACGGGGAGAGGCUUUGCCACAAUCAGAGUGCCCUUUGCGACUCUCUACUCCAGGUUUGCUAGUGAGAGCCUCUAUUAUGGAGCAAUAUGUGGACUCUUGAUAUUUUAUUGUUCAAUGUCAAUGUGGAUUGUGCUGUUUCUCUAUUUUUGGAUGACGGUGGUUGGCUUGCUAAUUUGCCCCUUUUUGUACAAUCCAAAUCAGUUUUCCUGGAAUGAUUUCUUCCUCGACUAUAGAGACUACCUCCAGUGGUUGCAUAGAGGAAACAGCAAGCCGCGUUUGUCGUCGUGGAUAAACUUCACUCGGUUGCGCAGGAGCAGGAUUGUUGGGGUCAAGAACAAGCGAUUCAGUGUCAAUGAGGAAAUCAAGGCCGUGAGCGAGGUUAAACCGUCAAGGAUCAAACUAGUGAUGUCGGAGUCUUUACUACAAAUGUCGCUCAUAGUCUCGGUGGCAUUAGCCUACUUGUUUGCCAAUUCUCAAAACGAAUCGUAUGGACUCCGGCCAGUCAACAGUUUAUUGAGAAUAUUGAUAGCCAGCUUUGGUCCAAUCGCGGUCAAUUUUGUUGUGUUGCUAAUCUGCUUCAUCUUUUCGUCGCUUUUGGGUCCCAUCUUUACCUUGUGCUGCAAGAAAUUCCCGUCAUUUAUCGCGGCGGUGGCGCACUCUUUUGGAGUCAUCAACCACGUCUUCUUUUUUGAACUUCUUUGGUAUAUGCAGAAUUGGGAGUUUCUGAAGACGAUUCUAGGGUUUGUGUUGUCGUGUUUGAUCCAAUGCUGGUUUCUCCAAACCGUCACCAUAUUGUUUGUUUCCAAAGAAUUUAGACACGAUAGGUCAAACCGGUCUUGGUGGAGCGGGAAAUGGAUGACUGCCGGGUUGGGCUGGUAUGUCAUCACCCAGCCGCUACGCGAGUUUAUUUGCAAAUUGACCGAGAUGUCCUAUUUCGCGGGCGAUCUAGUUGCAGCCCACGUCAUUUUGUACGCCCAGAUCCCUGUUUUGCUCAUACCCUAUGCUGACAAGUGGCACACGUUGAUGUUGUUUUGGUUAAAGCCAGGUAACCAGAUCCGGCCUAGAAUAUUGUCAAAGAGGCAGAAGAAGAGACGAAGGUGGCUGGCGAUUUUAUACUUUUGUGCCUUUAUCGGAAGCUUCAUGUUGUUUUCCAGCUUGUUCAUUCUUCCCUUGAUCGCCAACAAGUACUUCCACGUUGACUUUACGCGCUACAUGCCCAAAUGGAUCGAAGUCCAGCCGCCCGUUGUGUCGUCCUACAAAAAGGGGUUGCUUAAAAACUUGGAAAUCAAGCACUACUGA